GGGAAGGCGACGCAUCCGUACGGAGCUGGCAUCGGUGGGAAUAUUUUACAUUCGUUUACAAGGAUCCAGCUCGAACAAGAUGGAUGAAAUGGAAGAGGAGUUAAAAUGCCCGGUGUGUGGCUCGUUUUUCCGUGAGCCCAUCAUUCUGCCCUGCUCGCAUAAUAUCUGCCUGGCCUGCGCCCGUAACAUCCUGGUGCAAACGCCCGACGCCGAAUCCCCUCAGAGCAGCCGCGCGUCCGGCUCCGGCGUGUCCGAUUAUGAUUACUUAGACCUGGAUAAGAUGAGCCUGUACAGCGAGGCGGACAGCGGCUACGGGUCUUACGGCGGUAUCGUGAGCGCACCGACCACCCCGUGCCAGAAAUCCCCCAACGGGGUGCGCGUUUUCCCCCCUACUGUCCCUCCCAAGCACCAAGCGCAGCACCACCUGCUGCCCUAUACCGGCGUCCUGCCGCCGGUCCCUCGCAAUUCCUGCCUCACCUGCCCGCAGUGCCACCGCAGCUUGACGCUCGACGACCGGGGGCUCCGGGGCUUCCCCAAGAACCGCGUGCUGGAGGAGGUAGUGGACCGGUACCAGCAGAACAAAGCGGCCGCGCUCAAGUGUCAACUGUGCGAGAAGAACCCCCGCGAGGCGACGAUGAUGUGCGAGCAGUGCGACGUGUUCUACUGCGACCCGUGCCGCCUCCGGUGCCACCCGCCUCGGGGUCCGCUGGCCAAGCACCGGCUCGUGCCGCCGGCGCAGGGCAGGAUCAGCCGCCGCGCAAGCCCACGGAAGAUCUCCACCUGCACCGAGCACGAGCUGGAGAACUUGAGUAUGUACUGCGUGCAGUGCAAGACCCCCGUGUGCUACCAGUGUCUGGAGGACGGCAAACACUCCACGCAUGAAGUCAAAGCACUAGGAGCCAUGUGGAAAUUCCACAAGGGCCAGCUUUCUCAAGCACUGAAUGUUCUGUCUGAUCGGGCCACAGAGGCCAAAGAGUUUCUUGUACUGCUCAGAAAUAUGGUACAACAUAUACAGGAGAAUGGAGUUGAGUUUGAAGCGUGUUUGGUUGCCCAAUGUGAUGCCCUGAUUGAAGCGCUCAACCGCAGGAAAGCUCAGCUGCUCAGCAGAGUAACCAAAGAGCACGAGCACAAACUCUCAGUUGUUCGUGAUCAGAUAUCUCACUGCACAGUGAAGUUGAGGCAGACCACAGGACUGAUGGAAUACUGUCUGGAGGUCAUCAAAGAGAACGACCCCAGCGGCUUUCUGCAGAUCUCAGAUGCUCUCAUAAGAAGGGUCCAUAUGACAGAGAAUCAAUGGGGGAAGGGCUCUCUGACCCCUCGCAUGAGCAGUGACUUUGACCUGACACUGGACAGUGGACCCCUGCUACAGACCAUACACCAGUUAGACUUUGUCCAGAUGAAGGUACCGGCUGCUCCUAUUCUUCAGUUAGAGGACUGCUGUACUCAAACCAACAGUGCGACUCUGUCGUGGAAGCAGCCACCCCUCUCCACCAUCGUUGUGGAUGGAUACAUUUUAGAAUUGGAUGAUGGGAAUGGAGGCCAGUUUAGAGAAGUAUAUGUUGGUAUAGAGACGAUCUGCACAGUGGACGGUCUGCACUUCAACAGCACUUAUAAGUCUCGUGUUAAAGCAUUUAACUCCAGUGGUGUCGGCCAGUACAGCAAAACACUUGUUAUGCAGACAUCCGAGAUUGCCUGGUUCACCUUUGACCCUGCAUCAGCCCACCCUGACAUCAUUUUAUCCAACGACAACCUCACGGUGACGUGUAACAGCUACGAUGACCGUGUCGUCAUGGGCAACACAGGAUUCUCUCGUGGUGUGCACUACUGGGAGAUGACAAUCGAUCGCUAUGACAACCACCCUGACCCUGCGUUUGGAAUUGCGCGGGUUGAUGUGAUGAAGGACAUGAUGCUGGGGAAGGAUGAUAAAGCCUGGGCCAUGUAUGUGGACAACAACCGCUCCUGGUUCAUGCAUAACAACUCACACACCAACCGGCCCCCAGUGAGCAAGCCAAAGGCGACUGUGGCAUGGAACACAAAACUCCAUAAGAUUACGGAUGGAGGAAUAAGUAAAGGAGUGACUGUGGGUGUGCUGCUGGAUUUCUCUCGUGGGAUUCUGUUGUUUUUGAUUAAUGAUGAGCAACAGGGACCCGUUGCCUUCAACACACUGGAGGGCAUGUACUACCCCGCCAUCAGCCUCAACCGCAACGUUCAGGUGACUCUUCAUUCUGGACUGCCUAUUCCGGAUUUUUAUACACCUGGAGAGUCUGAACCUGGAGGCUCAGUCUGCUGAAGAUUCCUUACACACAACUGACACACACUCAUAUACAAACACACAUGCACAGACAAGUGCACAUGGAUUCAGCUAUGAGUGCUUGGUGAGGGAAAAUGCUUCUGACAGUCAUUAAUGUGUUUUAACAGGGAUUAAGAGUGCUGAUAUGUAAAUGGACCUUAUACACUGAUUAGCCACAACAUUAAAACCACCUGCCUAAUAUUGUAUAGGUCCCCCUCGUGCCGCCAAAACAGCGGCAACCCGCAUCUCCAAAUAGCAUUCAGACAUGCUAUUCUUCUCACCACAAUUGUACAGAGUGGUUAUCUGAGUUACUGUAGACUUUGUCAGUUCGAACCAGUCUGGCCAUUCUCUGUUGACCUCUCUCAUCAACAAGACAUUUCCGUCCACAAAACUGCCGCUUACUAGAUGUUUUUUGUUUUUAGCACCAUUCUGAGUAAAUUCUAGAGUUGUGAGUGAAAAUCCCAGGAGAUCAGCAGUUACAGAAAUACUCAAACCAGUCCAUCUGGCACCAACAAUCAUCCAUGAGAUUAUCUAAUCAGCCAAUCAUGUGGCAGCAGUGCAGUGCAUAAAAUAAUGCAGAUACGGGUCAGGAGCUUCAGUUAAUCUUCACAUCAGACAUCAGAAUGGGGAAAAAAUGUGACCUCAGUGAUUUGGAGCAUGAAUGAUUGUUGGUGCCAAAUGCACAACAGUCUCUAGAAUUUACCUACACAAUAUUAGGCAGGUGGUUUUAAUGUUGUGGCUGAUCGGUGUAAAUGUGAAGGUUAGGUUCAGCCAAACCCUAACUUAAACCUAACAUUAACACUAACCUUGAUGUAUGUGAGGUAAAUUAAUAUUGCAAUAAUUUUCCUCUCUUUCUUACUCUUUUUCUAGAUAUUAUUAUAAUUAUGAUUAUGAUUAUUAUUAUUAUUGAUGUUGUUGUUGUUCUUUUAUGGAAAAGGUGCUCAUGGAUGUGAAUUCCCAUCUUACUGGAUCUUAACAGAUGUCUGUCUGUUGUUUCAUGAUAAAAUCCUCUGUGUGAAGUUAAGCUUAGAAAUAAGUUACUGGUGUGUUAGACCUUAGAGGAUGCAUUUUUAAACUGUUCUAAAAAUUUUAUGUUGCAUAUAAAGGUGUUCUAAUGGUGUCUUUAUAACGGCAGGUCAAAGUGAGGACAAAAACAAAUGUCUGAUUUCCAUCCUAUACGUACUAUAAACUCUGACUGUAUAUUACACCUCAGUUAAUGUUAGAUUCUUCCUAAACCGUAAACCUAAAUCCUAUCCCUAUCCAGUGCCGAAAAGGUACCACGAUCUCUGAGGCUCACCACUCCGCAGGGCCACUGCCAAUCCUCCGAGGGGGGUUGUGCACAUCUCUGUGUUUAUAUCACCAUCUCCCCCUGAAUGUGUUUACAUGUGCUUCUCCCACGAACGUCACCAGGGUAGAAUAGGGUUGCAAUUGUCCCGGGAGUUGGUGUCCCCAUUGCAGCCACGGGCCCGCUUAAUGCCUGUCCCUAUCUCUACAUUCUAUCUCUAACCACCGAAGAAUAUCCCUAAACCCAAGCCUUUUCCCUAAUCCCAAACCCUAUUUUGACAUUUUAACCAGAAAAAUUUACCACUAAACCCAAACACUGUUAACCCUUACCCAAACCAGAGGCAGUAUUAAAGAAACAUUCUAUCUGUAACGUCCCUUUUCUUUAUUGCGUCCGACCCCUAGGUGACGAAAUACUAUCUUAAGUGUUAAAUUAAGCUCUAACAAAUUCUAAGUUUAUAACUGAAAUCAUCAUGGUUACAAAACAGACCAGAUAGGACUGUCUCUGUAAUAUGGCCCCUGAUCUUUUUUUUUCUUUCUUUUUUUUUUUUUUUU